AUGGAGGAAUUUGAAUCAUUUGCAAAUCUCAUUACAAGAUCAAAUAGCCCAGACUCCGAAACUAGAAGCACAAGUGCAAAAAGUGAUAAUGAAACCCCUAAUAUGCCUACUAUUAAAAAAACUAAGGAAUUAGAUCCAAUGUUUAAUAUGCUUAACGAAAAAAGUGUAAAGCAAACAAUUCAUAAAAUUGCGCUUUUACAUUAUUGGGACUUAUCUGAUGGUGAUGCAUUUCUUGUUUGCCUCCUUGAUCUGAGAUGUAAAAAAUUGAUGUUUGCAACACCAACCCAGAGACACCAAGCUAAGACUGCCCUUCGCAAUAAAUAUAAUAAGAUUAAAUCUCUUUAUAAAGCCUUAACAUCAUCUGAUAAAUCUUUUAGCCCUCAUGAAGAUUAA